AUGCCCAUCGGCCACUCGCCCUUGAAGUACCUCGCCCUGCGCUCGGCCACCUUCCUCGUCGACUGCAUCGGUCCGCUCUCGCUGAUCUACUCGAGCUUCUAUCUUUACAACCUGUUUGUGCACUUCAACACACCCGCAUGCCACAGUCCGCAGCACGGCCUCCCGCUGCGUCCUGCAGCCACCUCGACCGUGUCGAUGUACCCAGCAUCGCUCUAUUCGUCGAUCGCGACCUCUCUCGAUUCCCGCAACCUUGUGUUGCUCCUGUACGUCUAUGUCCUGCCCAUCUAUAUGCUCCUCGAGGCCGCAUUCUUCAUCCGCUUCCGCUACUUCCUCAACAAGUUUGAUGCUCCCAAGCACGCUCCCCGCAUGUCCUUGCGCCAAGUCUCGACCGCGAUCGAUUUCGUGCUGUCGGUGGCGCAUGUCGGUGUGCCAUUGCGGAUUGCAGCUUGCCCCAAUGAGCAGAUCCUGCAUCGCGCAAGCCCUCCAUCCCAGCACUCUCGCCUACCGGCACUAAAGCUGCUCUUUGCCCGCAUCAUGAACGAGAACGACACUCCGGACCAGUUCCGUGCCAUGGUCGCUGGCUGGUUCUUCUGGAAGGACGAUCAGAUGUGCCAACUUCAGUCCUCCGAGAUCAAGUACAUCGGCACCGACAAUCUUCGGGAUUGGCUCGCUUGGGCAUUUUUCUCGCUGCCGUCGAUCCCCGACCCGGACGACACCAUCGAGGGUGUCCCAUCUUGCGCUCUCCUAAACGACAUGGUCUCGGUCAUCGAACAGCGCAUGGACGUGCGUCUCGAGCAGCCAUCAAAUCCAGCGAUCGGAACCGUCAAACUCAACUUCAACGAGAUCGAAGCCUUCUCCAAGCCUCUGUUGGUCUAUGCCUGCGUGUUUGUUCUCGAGUCGUUGGCGUUCAUGUUCUUCCGAUAUUGCGGCUUCGUCCGCUUCAUCAAGAACGAGACCGCAUCGCCGCAGCCCGAAUCGGCCGAACCUUGCGUCCCCUAUUGGCUCUACGCGCCCCAGAACCCGCAGCAAGGUCUCUCUCCGAUUGUGUUCAUCCACGGAAUCGGUGGCGGUCUGUUCUGCUACACGCAGCUCAUAUACAAGAUCAUGUCUUCAAACUUUGAGCGUCCCAUGUUCCUCGUCGAGCUGCCUUUCGUCAGCAUGAGGCUGGUGGAUCGCGCCCCCACAAUGCUGCACGCCGUCUCCGAGAUUGAGGAGAUGCUCACGGCUCACGGAUUCAAGAGCGCAAACUUUGUUGGCCACAGCCUCGGAACGCAAUACUGCUCGUGGAUCGUCAAGCACUCCAAGAUGGUCGAUACCGUUGUGUUGAUUGACCCCAUUUGUUUCAAGUGCUUCCACCCCAGCCUGGCCUUCAACUUUAUCUACCGCGUUCCGGGCAAGAACACUGAGCAGAAGGCGAACGAGUUUUUGAUGCACUGGCUGGCCUCCCGCGAACUCUAUACCUCGCACUACAUCUCCCGCAACUUCCACUGGUUCGACACCGUGCUCUUCCCGGAUGACCUCCCCAAGGGCGAGAGCACCCACGUCAUUCUCUCCGGAAAGGACAAUCUGAUCGACGCCAAAAGCGUCCACAAGUACCUUACCAGCCACGACGUCAACACCACCACCUUCUGGGACUUGGAUCAUGCUGAAUUCGCUCUGCGGCCCAGCGUCCAGGACUCGAUCGCCGCAAUCGUAAACCAGACCAGCCAACACGGCGACUUGAUCUGGGCUCGCCGAUACCGAAAGCUUCUCCCCGAGACUAAGCCUCUCAAGGACGGACUCGCAGCCAACGCACUUGCAGUUGAUGCUGCUGCUGCUGUCGCCCCGACACUGUCCAAGAAAAAAUCCUUUGACGCUCGCUGGCGAAGAAGAAAGAUUCGCAAGUGAAUGGCGGUUGCGGAACCACCCAACCGGUCAGGAGCUUGGCGCUCCCCCCCCUCCCCCGAGACUCCUGCCAUCGCCAGACGGAGUUCCGACCCAGGAACGAUGUCUCCAUCGCCUCUGCGGUUUGUGCGGUACUCACACUGCAUUCCGAUAUGAUACCAUCAAGGCACGAACUAUGGACGCAUUACUGGCGCGUAGCCCUCGACAAGGCUCCCCUUAAUUUCAUCAUGUUUUUGGUAUCCGCAACCCAGCGAGGCUCCAUCUCCUCGCACUACCAACAUAUGCCCUCUCUCUCUCUCUGCACUCUAUCGGUUCCAUGUCCGCCACACCAUUGUCUUUUGGUUACCAUCUAAAACUGCUCUGCAAUGGCGCUGGAGGUGCCCCAAGGCGCUGAGAUUGCCGUGCACCCACGAUCCCUUCUUUCAUCUUGGUUAAUCAUCGAUUCUCCACCAUUUUACAAUGUGCCCGUUUCUGGGUCCAGAAUACACAUGCAUCUGCCAU